UUGACACAAAGAAGAUGGCGUCUUUAGAGAAAAAUAUUGCAUUUUCUGAACAAUUGCUGUUUAAUAGUUGUCACUUUGAAUGGAAAGAAUUGAGCAUAAAUUUUGGUGAUGGUCAGAAUACAUUGCAAGAUGUCCAGGUACCUAAUGGUGCUGGAGGCUUCUCUUAUCGUCAUAGUGAUCAUGUUGAUUCUUCCACAAGAAACAGGUUCAUCUACUGGCGUUCAAGUAAAGACACUUUGGAACUUGUUGAAGACUCGCUGGAUGGCAACCUCUGCGGUAACACUGUUAGAAUCCACUUACAAGAUGCAGUCAUCUUUCCGACAGUUACAAUCCAUGAGACACAUGCUAAUGUUAUUAUCCUGGUCACCACGGUGAAUAGUGUCCUACGACUAAUAUUUCCGCAUCCAACUAGAAUGCAGAGAAUGGAGCAAUAUUCAGCAGAUUGUACUGUGUCUUCCAUUUUUGCGGACAUCUCUGUUGCUAGCCUCCAGGAACCAGCAAACAUGUACACACUUGACCAAUCCACAACCCAUCACCAUGAAAUACAUUCCAGCUCAUCCUGUCUAACCAAUGACGGUGAAGCCCUCUUUGCCAUGGCAACAAGUAAAGGCUCAAUUACUCUUGUGAGGCUGCCAGCUAUUGGUUUAGGUGGUAUUGUAACACAGAGGGAACUGAGCCAGCCCCUUGGGAUGUCUAGGCUAUGGAGUGGGCUCGUCCCAUCAGUGUUCAGAGGGGGUCAAGAAUCUACUGAUGCUGCCUUAAGUGUUUGUAUGCACAACUUAGUCCAAGACACAUUCAUCAUCUGUGUAUGUAAAGAUCACUUCCUUCGAGUUUGGUCAUGCAAGAAUCAAGAGUGUACCUUGUCAACCAGUUUGCUAGACUUUAUUCCAGACAAAAGUAAUAUUCAUGAUACUGUAGCAACCAGACAUAUUAUAAAGAAAGCAUAUGGAAGUGAUAAAAAGAACCUGGUGCUUGGAGUCUACUUAGAAUUUCCAGAUCGAUGUCAGUUUUUGAUUGUAAAGUUUAUGCAACAUAAUGGCAAGUACCAGUUGAAGAAGCUAGCCUCUUUGUACUCUCCCAAAGAUGCUUUGGUGGACUUUUGCCUUGCUGAACAUCAGGUCUGGACAGUAUGGACAUCUGGAGGAGAGACUACUGCCAAGUACACUGACCUUGGAGGUGUGUGUGGAUGGAAGACUAUAAACUUAGCUGUAAACCCAAUGGCAGAUGUAUUGUUCCAGCCAUUCUUAGAGUCCCGGGAGGUGUACCUACAAGAAAUCUUUGAUUCUGGAAGAUUCUGUUUACAAGCAAUUGCCAGAGCUCUAAAUAUUUGUCAGCGUUCCGUAGAUGGUCGUAACAUCACAGACUCAAACUUGAAUCCAAGCAUGCUGAGAAAGGAAGUGAUAGAUGCGAUUGAGAACGAGAUCAAGCAUCGGUUUGGUGGUGGUGAGAUGGACAUGCAAGAGUACUGUGAAGUACAACAGCAAAGCUGGUCAAAAUUCUACACAUGUUGUUAUCAGUACCAUGAGGUUGCCAAUAAGCCGGUUGGAAUAUUUGUAGAUAUAAAUACACAGAUGCCAGUGUUGGUCAAAAAGAAUAUUAUAUCUGUUCUAAGAACUUGUGAUAUACUGGAAGAAGUCUGCUUCAACCCCAAGGAAUGUUCUCUGCUAAAGCUUGAAGCUUUUAUCGAAAACCAAGAAGAGCCUGCCCUCGCUCAAGACCUUGUUACAAUAUCAACAAUUCUACAGCUUAUUCAGCAGCAUCUGAGUAGCCAGGAUACUUCAUCCUUUGAGCACAAUCUUUUUCAUCAGGAACAGGCUGAUAUUCUUGUGGAACAGAUAGCUGAUAGUAUCCUAGUGGGAAUAAGUGAACAGCAAGGGGCCAGCCAAUCGGCAAUCACAAAUCAAGUAUCUCAAGCAAUUUUGAAUUUUGUUGAACCAAUCCAUGCAUUUAAACUGAUCCUUAAUUUCGUUGAUCUCACUGAUGACAAUCUGGAAAAUUCCAUGAUGGAAGAAACUGAUGUUAAUUGUAAAAAUAUUUUGGGGGUGGCACCACAAUUCCUUCGUUUGCUGACUCCAUGGUGUAAAUGGAACGUAUCGUCACGCAAGUUCAUCCAAGGUCAGUGCUAUCUGAAUUCCGCCGAACCAUAUAAGGCUCUCGACUGCUUCCUACAGGGCGCUCACCGAAUCACCGACGAGAAUUUCAUGUUGCACAAGUUACUGAUGACGGAGCAGAUGGACGGUCAACAUUUGGACACGCUCUAUUACUUGAAGGUGAUUCGUCUGUUUGAACAGUUCUCAUACCCAGACCUUGUGAUAUUAUUAGCUAAUACUGCUUUGAGUGUUGGGGAUGAAGAUGAUACAAAUAUACCUAUCUUGUGGUGUAAAGUGUUUAAACAUCAUCUAGAACUAGGAAAUAAUGAACAGGCCUAUGCUGCGAUGACAGCUAACCCCGAUCCAGAAAGGCGAAAUGAUUGUCUACGUCAGUUUGUUGUAGUGUUGUGUGAAACUGGUCAAAUCAAACAGCUCUGUAAAUUCCCUUAUAUUGAUCUUCAUGAUGAGGUUGUGAGUAUCAUAGAAUCCAGAGCACGCUCUGUCGAUCUCAAGACGCAUAAUUACUAUGAUUUCUUGUACGCUUUUCACACAUUUCGAGGAAAUUAUCGCAAAGCUGGUAGUACCAUGUAUGAAUAUGGUAUGCGUUUAGGCCAGGAGGUAAUUGGCGAGAGGGCGCUGCAGCAACAGGCCAAAUGCUACCUAGCAGCAAUGAAUUCUCUGAGGUUAGUAGAUCCAGACUACGCAUGGAUAGUCAAACCGGUGUGCAUUCAACCAAAUCGUGAAGAUAUGACUGGUGCAUCUCCAAAACGAAGUUGCGAUGGUGAAGAUAAAGAGAUACAAGGUAAACGGAAGGUGGAAGUGAUUGAGUUGGAUCAGAUUGAGAAGGAGUACUUGCUGGUUACAGCUAGACUGCAGUACAUUAAGCAGUCAUCUGACCCUUCAAAUGCCACAGGUCCAACAUUAUCUCCACAUGAAACCGUAUCGCUGUUAAUAUCUGUCGGUUUGUUUGACGUUGCUGUUACUAUUUGUCAAACAUUUAAACUCUCUCUGCAGAGUGUUCUAGAAGGUCUGACAUUGAGGUGUGUAAGACUUAGUCUAAGUGGUGAAGUGGAACCUUACUCUUGGGAGUGGCUGUCAGCAAAUGACGUAUCUAAUCUACAGGCUGCCAAGGAUCUCAGCCCGGCAGAUUUAGCGUGGAGGAUGCUACGCGCCUACCUGGAGAAGUUUGAUCAAGUCGGUGACCAUAGGCACUAUCGUUGGGUUGUGCAUAAGUUACUUUCCUUGGGUUACCACAUUCCUAACUGGUUAUACAACUCAUACAAAGCUUACCAUUUGUUGGAUGACAAAUUGAAACAGUACCAAGACAAAGCACGUAGGAUCUCCCAAGAUAAGAUUGCCAUGGCAACACAAAAACAGAUGGGAACCAGUUCCUAUGGGGGAGUUCCUGUGUAUCAGCGUUCAUGAUACCGUAAAUGAACUGAAGCAGGAAUAUGCUGAUGAAACAUUACAAAUAUGAGGAGUGUGUUGUAAGGUUAAAGAGGAAGUGUGAGUGAUCACCUGCAUUCAUGAUUCAUGAAUUAUUUAAGAAAAAGAAACAACCUAUGCAACUAUUACGGAUCAGAUUUAUUGUUCUUUCCAAACACGAACUAUAUUUAGAAAGUUUUACUUGACCAUUUAUUCUAUACUUUGACAGAGGAGUGGACUUGCCUGACUUUACCCUUCGGCAGCCGCAGCUGACAUGGUGCCAACGGUGGUUUGCCAGAAUGUUCUGGAGUGGACUUGCAUGGUUUAAAAAUAUGCAAAAUAUUUGAGGAUGGGUAAAACAGAAUCCUCAUCAACGUUCUAGGUGUCUUGCUUCUGAUAGAACGUGCUGCAAGUAGUUUUGAGUUUUUGAUAAACUGUACUUAAUAAUUGAAGUGAGUGUAAAUAUUUAGAAGUUAAUGUGAUUGUCUCAUAUUUAAUGAUAUGUGGGCACAUCUAAAACCGGACCGACUAAACUAUCUUCAGCCUGUGUUACCACUGCAUGAGGUGAUGCGAGCUGCUAAAUACGUUCCCUCAGUAUUCCAGGUUUUCACUGAUACCGAGGUAGUUUGUCACAUUUGGAAGCAUAGUGCAUGUAUAUUUAUUACAGUAAUCAUGUAUGGUUCUAUUUUUGUUAAACUGGUUGAUGUCAAUGUAAUAUUCAAAAUCAAAAUUGGAAAUUUACAAUUUUGUAUAAAAAUCAAUAAAAAGAAUCUCUUUUAUUGUGUAAAAAGACUUUAAUUAUUGUUAUUUUUUGAUGCUGGAUUGAUGAUCCUUAAAAUAAAACUGCUAAGAAGCAACUACUA